ACAAGUAAACAGGCCUACUUGAAAAAAUUUUAAGCAUGGCACAGGCAAGUAAAGUAAUCGCUGUUACGGGAGUUACUUCUGGUCUUGGUGCUGCGAUGACUCAGUUCUUUACUAGGCAUUCUCACUUGGUAGUUGGAUGUGGCAGAACUAAUUUGAAGAUUGAAGAGUUAAAUUCCAAGUAUGGUAGUAAUCGUUUUCAUGUUGUUGAUGUGUCAAAAAACAAUGAAGUAGAACACUGGGUUAGACAAAUAAUUGCCGAUUUCGGGGUUCCAGAUAUCCUUAUUAACAAUGCAUCUAUAGCAAACAAAACAAGUAAAUUCUGGAGGGUUCCACCUGAAGAUUUUGACAACGCCAUAGACAUUAAUAUAAAAGGGGUUGCAAAUGCACUGCGUCAUUUUCUCCCCCACAUGGUGAAAGCUAAAAGAGGUAUUGUUGUCAACAUGUCUGCAGCGUGGGGGAAAAGCGUAUCCCCAGGGGUUUCGGCUUACUGUGCCAGCAAAUUUGCCAUUGAAGGGUUCUCGAAAGCUGUUGCAAGUGAACUGCCAGACCCACUUGCUUGUGUUCCUCUUGAUCCUGGAGUCAUCAAUACCCCCAUGCUGCAGAAAAUAUUUGGAAACGCUGCAGCCAAGCAGCAAACACCAGAUACCUGGGUGGAGAAGGCUGGACCAAUGAUACUAGAUAUUAACAGAACAGUGAAUGGUAAAAGUUUGAAAGUUAAAUAGCCUAAGUAGUUUGAGUGUAUGGAAAUUUUGCCUGAUGAGAUAAUGUUGUGUGCAAAAGAUUUAUCAUUCUAAAUGACUAGCUUUUGAUAAUGUCAUAGUUCAUUCGCUAUGUAUAAAUUAAAAUUUAGUUUAAAUUUAUAAUAUAA